AUGUGUGGACUGUGGACCACAGAUUCAUUUGCAUUGUUCCACUGUGUGGCCCUGGACAAGGGCCGGCGGAGCGCGUUGAAUCCCACGGAGUUCGCCGCGGGGCUCAGUAUGCAUGGUGUCAACCUGAAGCCUGAAGAGAUGCAGGACACAUCUCCGGCAGUCUCCAAAUUCAUGGACUGUUUCUCUCGAAGCACCAGAGAGCGAACUUCCUUUGGACUCGAAUGUGGUAUGAAUCAAAUGGAGUUACCGAAUGUUACCGAUAUGUUUUGUGGUUUUCAGGAUUUCGGUGACAGAAUCAAUGAAGAAGGCUGUUCCAAUCUGUUCCACAGGUUCUCCCCUGCCCCAGCUUUUCCCAUGUCGUGUGUUUGGAGUUUGUUGAAGUCCACAGGUCACUGAAAUCAAUCCCGCGUCCGCAGGUCGCCUUAACUUGAAUUCUGGUCCCAAAGAUUUGACAAGCAAUGCGAGUUUCACAAGUGCAGGUACCUAUCGAUGAAGGAACCACUUCAGGAAUUCUUUCAGAAAAACAACUUGUAGUUUAGACUUGACAUAUGAAGUCAUGCGCAGACUGGCAACCCAGUCAGUGCCCCUGAAGGAGACGAAGCCAUGCCUUCUACCUGGCUGGCAACAUUUGGCAAACAAGAAAGUCUCCAGAUAGGAAAUCACCUGAUCUAACCUGGUCAAUGGGGCUUUGCGAUGCCAAAGGAACCCUCCAACCAUGGUGAGCCCCGCUCCAGCGGAAAGUCUCACAAAAAAUGUCACCAGGAGCCAUCAGGGGUCCCCUCGACCUUAAG